AUGUCCGCUACGAUCACCGGCUUCGGAGAACGCUCGGAAAAGGACCCUGAACCCCAGACCGGGCCUGUUCCCGAAGUCCAACUCUUCGGUGAAGGCUGCCCCGGUGUUCGCAGAAUUGAGAUCAUCACGUCACAUUUCGGUCUCAUCGAUCGCAUUUUUCUCUUUGCCAGCGUGUUUCUAGUCGCCUACGUUUACGGUCUCGAUGGAACUGUUCGCUACACCUACCAGCCUUAUGCCACACAAAGCUACGGCCAACACAGCUUGCUCGCGACUAUCAAUGUCCUCCGGGCCGUCAUCGCCGCCGCCGCACAGCCUACUGCUGCCAAAAUUGCAGACGUUUUCGGCAGAGUUGAACUAAUCAUCGUCUCGAUAAUUUUCUAUACCAUCGGUACCAUCGUCGAGACAUUUGCUAAGAGCGUGGAGGCCUUUUGCGCCGGUGCAGUCAUCUACCAGAUUGGAUACACUUGCAUCAUGCUCCUUGUCGAAGUUCUUAUCGCUGAUGUGACUUCCACUCGGUCCCGUCUUCUCUUUUCCUACAUCCCGGCUCUUCCCUUCAUCAUAAACACCUGGAUAAGUGGAAACUUGACAGCCGCCGUGCUAAAAGUGACCUCUUGGCAAUGGGGUAUUGGCAUGUUCGCCAUUAUCUACCCCGUCUGCGCGCUUCCAUUGAUCACUGUCCUCUUGAUUGUCCAGCGCCGUGCAAAAAGGUCUGGCCAGUUGGAGUCCUACAAGAGUUCAUUUCAGGUCCUUGGUGGCCAUCGCCUAUUUAUGGAGCUAUUUUGGCAUCUUGACGUUGUCGGACUUAUUCUGAUGAUUGCCAUGCUUGCUUGUAUCCUCGUUCCUUUCACAAUUGCUGGAGGUAUCACUGCUCAGUGGAAAACGGCAAAGGUUAUUGCGCCACUUGUGAUUGGUAUUCUCUUGGUCCCGGUCUGGGUUUAUUGGGAGAAAACGUGCCAGCACCCUAUGUUGCCUUUCAGGCAUCUCAAAGAUCGUGCUGUCUGGGGUGCGCUCGGGAUCGCGGUCAUGUUGAAUACUGCCUGGUAUCUUCAGGGUGAUUUCUUGUACACCGUGCUCUACGUUAGCUUCGACGAGUCAAUCCUGAGUGCAACCCGAAUUUCGUCCCUCUACAGCUUCACGUCAGUCAUCACUGGUGUCAUACUCGGCUUCGUGGUGGUAAAAGUCCGCCAACUGAAGCCUUUCAUUAUUUCUGGCACGGUCUUGUUCAUGGUGGCCUUUGGUAUUCUAAUUCACUACCGUGGCGGUGCUGGUGACUCCAGUCACUCAGGAGUGAUUGGCGGCCAAGUUCUUCUUGGUAUUGCCGGUGGCCUGUUCUCCUAUCCCGCUCAAGCUAGUAUCCAAGCUGCCUCAAAGCACGAAUACCUGGCCGUUGUCACCGGAAUCUACCUCGCCUCAUACAAUGUCGGAAGUGCCAUCGGCAAUACUAUCUCUGGUGCCAUCUGGAACCAAGUCCUCCCGUCAGAGCUGGAGCAUAGGCUCGGAAACACAACUCUUGCCACCUCAGUCUACGCUGAGCCACUGGCAUUUGCGGCGGCGAAUCCGGUGGGUACCCCGGAUCGUGAUCAUGUCAUUCUCGCAUACCAGAAGACGCAGCGGCUGCUUUGCAUCACGGGUAUCUGUUUAACGAUACCGCUUAUUGCAUUUGCGUUUUGCAUUCGCAAUCCUACACUUACCAAGGAGCAGAGCUUGGUUAAGGCUGAAGACAACUCUAGUACCGAUGCGGAUUCUAUUCAUGAUUAG